GCCCUCCCUACCUUUAGCGAAACCAACGAGAGGACACCGCCGGCGUCUAGAGCAGCCCCACCAGGAGCCUAACCGAGUGGCGCGCGAACGUGAGAGGAGAACCGUGCGCGGCUGCGCUCUCCCGCCCCUGAGCCGUUGUAGACGCGGGGAAAAUGCUUUCUGAAAGCAGUUCAUUUUUGAAGGGUGUGAUGCUUGGAAGCAUUUUCUGUGCCUUGAUCACUAUACUAGGACAUGUUAGGAUUGGUUAUGGAAGUAGAAUGUACCACCAUGAGCAUCAUCACCUACAAGCUCCUAAUAAAGAAGAUAUCUUGAAAAUUUCGGAGGAUGAACGCAUGGAGCUCAGUAAGAGCUUUCGGGUAUACUGUAUCAUCCUUGUAAAACCCAAAGAUGUGAGUCUUUGGGCUGCAGUGAAGGAAACUUGGACCAAACACUGUGACAAAGCAGAGUUCUUCAGUUCUGAAAACGUUAAAGUGUUUAAGUCAAUUAACAUGGAAACAAAUGAUAUGUGGUUAAUGAUGAGAAAAGCUUACAAAUAUGCCUUUGAUAACUAUAGAAACCAAUACAACUGGUUCUUUCUUGCACGCCCCACUACGUUUGCUAUUAUUGAAAACUUAAAGUACUUUUUGUUAAAGAAGGAUCCAUCACAACCUUUCUAUCUAGGCCACACUGUAAAAUCUGGAGACCUUGAAUAUGUGAGUGUGGAAGGAGGAAUUGUCUUAAGUAUAGAAUCAAUGAAAAGACUUAACCACCUUCUCAGUAUCCCUGAAAAGUGCCCUGAACAGGGAGGGAUGAUUUGGAAGAUAUCUGAAGAUAAGCAGCUAGCAGUCUGCCUGAAAUACGCUGGAGUCCUUGCAGAAAAUGCAGAAGAUUCUGAAGGAAAAGAUGUAUUUAAUACCAAAUCUGUUGGGCUUUUUAUUAAAGAGGCAAUGACUAAUCACCCCAACCUGGUAGUAGAAGGAUGUUGUUCAGAUAUGGCCGUUACUUUUAAUGGACUGACUCCUAAUCAGAUGCAUGUGAUGAUGUAUGGGGUAUAUCGUCUUAGGGCAUUCGGCCAUGUUUUCAAUGAUGCAUUGGUUUUCUUACCUCCAAAUGUUUCUGAUAAUGACUAAUAAAUUAAACAAGAGCACGUACAUGAUGAUGGUAUAGGACAUGUGUUGUCAUUAUUUGUUGUAACAACUGCAUAUCCAACACAGCAGUAUGUUGUUUUUUUUUAAUUUGGCGACACUGGUUUAAUCACACAUUAAAGUUGAGUAAUACAUUUUUAAAUAGGAUGGAGUUUUUUCCUUAAAACACAUGAAAAUUUCAAAUGUAUUGGAAAGAAAUGUUUUAAGAGUAAUAAUUUUGCAAAUAAGGGAUAUAUUUAUAAAUAUAUUUAUGUGAUAAAUUCUAAAUUAUGAACAUUAAAAAUCUGUGUGGCACAUAUUUUUGCUGGUUGGUUAAAAAUUUUAACAUGUCUUUUUAGCUUUCUAAGAUGUGCAAAUGAAAUCUCUAGUUGUGAAUUUGUGAUUAAAGUUAAACUUUUAGCUAUGUGUUUUUAUUGCCUCUAAUGUUGGUUUAUGUUCUAAGCCUCUUUGAAUGCCAAUGGAUUUGCCUUCUGAAAACAUACAACCAAGCAACAAAGGAAACGUUCCCAACCAAUGUUAAAGUGAAAGUUGAACUCUAUCCCUGAGAGAAAAAAUGAAAAUUAACUUAUAAAAGUUAAUAAUUUUCCUGGGAGCUAAGUUAGGGGCGUUCCUUAGCACACACAAUUUCAGUGUAACUCUCUGUACUUCUCUAUGCAGAUACUGAAGUUUGAAUGGUGAUUACGAAGAAUGUAAUAUCAUAACUGUGUUGUUUCCCGGUGAAUCAAGCUCUCACCUGUGGCUUGGAUAAAAAUGUAUCAGUUGAGAUUUAUUUACUCCUGCUGGGCAAAUGAGUCCCAUGGAAGUCUCCUUUGAAGAACUUCUUUUGGCAGUCUGGCAGUUUCACUUACCUGAAUUAAGUCUGUCCUGUUUUUUGUUUACUUGUUCAAAUUCUGAGAUUUUUCCUAUGUUCAUGGUUGCACCACAUCCAGUUGUUUUUGGUGUGGAGGCCUUAACCUCACCAUUCACUUUGGCUUACCAUACUAUUUGCCUGAUUUCAGUAGCUACCCAGAAGCUUUAUCCAGUGGUGGACAAAAUAGCUCCUGUGCUUAUGAAUGUGUGAAAUACUUGGAGCUGACUUGUCCUAUAAUUGGGUCUACAUGUGCUAUAAGUCAGAUCCAUAAGCCUCCAUAAGGUGUAAGACCAUGACACUUUAGAGAUCAAUAUUUCCUGUAACUGACCUCAUGAUGUUAAUGGUCUCCCACAGCUUUUGCAAACUAGAAAGAGAAUUUCCUCAAGAGGGCCUCGGGCUUCAUCUUAUUGGUCAUUAGAGUAGUAUGGAAACCCUUUGUUUUAAUUUAUCUUUCCUUAUUGAGGCUUUUGGUUAAAAUGAAGGGUUAUUUUUGAAAAAUAAUAAAACCUCUUUAUAUGUUCUAAUAUAUAGAACAUAUAUCUUAGAUAUAUGUUCUUAGAUGCAAUUACUACAAAUCAAAUGUUCAGUGUGAGUACAAUAAAUAGUAUCUCACUGAGCGUGACACCCAAUUUAUAAGUGUCACCUUGUCCCUAACACCAAUAUAUUAAAAAAAUGUCUACGGCAUUUAUCACCUUCAAUUAUAUUCGUGCAGCAGGGAAUAGUUGUAAUAAAUAGAUCAGGGAAUGCAUUCCAUUGCUUGACUUUGUGGUAAAUGCUAAAGUAACAAUUGCCUCUGAAAGCAAAUUGAUGCUCUUGAUUGUAUUUUUAUACAUGAGUAUUCCUUUAUAAAAUAUUAGUUGUUGUAAAUAA